AUGUCAACUAUUCCUUUGAAGACUGUAACCUUUUGCAAUGGUGUACCAAUAUUACGUUGGAAACAAAAUGAAGUAGAACAAAUGGAACGAAUGCAGAAACUACAAUAUGCCGUCAUUGGUAAGUUUUCUUAUGGCUGGCCUGAGAUGGAAGAACUACGUACCACUGUGCCUGCGCAAUGUGGGAUUAAAGGACAAUGUGAAAUUGGUCUAUUUAGACAUAGGCGCGUAUUGAUACGUUUAUCUCUCAGGGAGGAUUUUAUUAAUCUAUGUUCCAAAGGGUCAUAUUAUAUACAAUCGAGGGAUGGAUGUUCUUAUCAAAUGAGGCCUUUAAUUUAUGAUACUAAGUUUAAAAUAGAUGAAGAAACAUCUAGGGUGAUUACUUGGAUCUCAUUCCCAGAUCUUAUGCCAACUUUCUUUGGUCAAGAAUCUCUAUUUUCACUUGCUUCUGCUGUUGGAAUUCCACUACACCUGGAUAAAGCAACUGAGAAUAUAACUAGACUAAGCUAUGCACAAAUUAAAGUUUUGCUAGACUUGUUGGCUGAUCUUCCUUCCUAUGUGAAUAUGGAAAUCGAAGAUGACAAAACUCCGGGAAUUAGAGUGGAUAAGGGUACUGACGUUCAGGAGAAUGGAAAACAGGUGGUUAUAAGUGAAGAUAAGGGGAACUCAUCUGUUGUGGUUAAUAAACAGGACAUGCCUGUUAAUCCUGGAAGAGGAAAAGCUGUGAUUCAUCAUGAAAUUCCUCAAAACCCAAUCCCUGAGAAGAAAAGGAAGAAUCAACAUAAUAAUAAAAGGAGGUUUAAUGCUAGAUUAUUGGCUAGUGGCAAAGUGCUUGGUGAUCUUGGAAAUUGGAAUGUAGUGAAAGAUAAUAGAGUGUUUGAUGAGCCACCAUCUACAAGAACAGAUGAAACUACUAAAAAACAAAGUCAACAGGCUGAUGAUAUAGUUACUCAUAACAAGUUUGAUCAAAAAGAGACUGAGGUUGUUGUAGAAGCUUCCAUUGUGGUGGUGAAUAAUGGAAAAAAAGAGCAGACACAACAGAAGAAUGCAUUAAAGUGGUCUGAAGUUCUGCACAAGGAGGCACUAAUGGAGGUGGAAACAACAUCACAAUCUCAAAUAGCACAAGAGGAGGGGUUGAUUGAAUUUGAAGUGGACCCAUCUAAUGAGGAAAGAUUAAUGGAAGAACAACCUUUGAUGGAAAACAAUAACUUGGCUUUGAUAGAUUUGGCCUUGAUGGACAAUAACUUGAAGGAUACAGUAGGAAGAAAGGCAGAAGAUAUCAACUGCUUAAAUGAUGAAGAAGUUUUUGCUACUGUAUUGGAUCAUGUUACAAAAGAACCAGACCUCUCACCUAAGUCUCAUGUGAAAGGUACAAGAAAUGCCAAGAAACAAGAAUUGCAUAAAAAUAUGGUAGUUACUAUAGUGUAUGCAAAGUGUGAUGAAGUGGAAAGAGUGAAUUUAUGGGACUUUUUGUGUAAUAUAUCAACCACUAUGUCAAUGCCAUGGCUAACAGGUGGUGAUUUUAAUGUAAUUCUGAAUGAAGAAGAGAAGAUUGGAGGCUUGCCUGUUUUCCCUCAGGAAUAUGAAGAUUUUGCUUGUUGUGUCAAUUCCUGUGAGUUGUCUGAGGUUAACUUCAAAGGAAGCCCUUUUACAUGGUGGAAUGGUAGAACAAAUGGAGAAUGCAUUUUCAAAAGGUUGGAUAGAAUGCUUGUUAAUGACCUAUUUCAGUCCUGGUUUGGUCAAAUUGAAGUAGAUCAUUUGUCAAGGAGUGGGUCUGAUCAUACACCUUUGUUAUUAUCUUGUAUUGAUCAAACGCAAACAUUUAUUAAAACUUUCAAAUUUUUGAAAUUUUGGACUGAGCAUGUAGAUUUUCCUGAUAAAUUGAAAAGUGUGAAAUCUGCUCUAUCACAGUGGAGUGAGCAUACUUUUGGGGACAUUUUCAAACAAUUGAGCAUUAGAGAGGAGAUAGUUAGAAUCAAAGAAGAGUUGUUUGAGGAAUUCCCUACAGAAGGUAAUAGAAUGAUCCUUCAAAGAGCACAAGCUGAACUGAAGAAAUAUAUGCAUUAUGAGGAGGAAUUUUGGAGACAAAAAGCUGGUUUUGACUGUUUUGCAGAAGGAGAUAGAAAUAAAAGAUUCUUCGAUAAUAUAGUGAAGCGCAGAAGAAAGAGAACUCAGAUCAAAAGAAUACAAAACUAUGAUGGUACUUGGAUUGAAGGGACUGACAAUCUAGCAGAUGAGGCAAUUUCUUUUUAUCAGAAGCAAUUCACUCAAGAGCCUCAGCAGGAGGAGUUUUCAUUAUUGGAGCAUAUUCAAGAACUGGUGACAGAGGAGGAUAAUGUUGUAUUUUGCAGUAUUGCAAGUCUUGAAGAAGUCAGGCAAGUAGUAUUUGAACUAGCUAGGGAUAGUGUAAGUGGCCCUGAUGGUUUAUCAGGUUUGUUUUACCAGUCAUGUUGGCAUAUAGUUGGUGUUGAUGUGCAUAAGCUGGUGAAGGCUUACUUUGAGGGUCACACUCUUGCUAAGUCUAUAACACACAAAAAUCUUGUAUUGUUGCCUAAGAAGAAUCAAGUUUAG